UUGAGAUCUGUGACUGGAUAGCUGUGGUUGGGAAACAGAUGAUGUGGAUUUGAGGGGAGGGACUAAGACUCCCAUAUAAUAAGAACUAGAAAUUAAAAUUGUCAGUCAGUGAACAGAUGAGCUCUGCAGGAUGGCCACUGAAAUGUCUUCACUGUGUGCAGAGCAGGAAAAGUACCGGAUUAUGCUCAUCGGGAAGGUUGGAUCUGCCAAGAAAUGGGCCAUUGAAACCAUCCUGAACAGCUCAGAGGAAUGCGAGGAACCUUCUGAAACCAAAAUCAACCUCGAUCCAAAGGAGUGCCAGUGCUUCAGAGUGAAGAUCGAAGGACGAGACGUGGUGGUUUUCGACACUCCAGGACUUUGCCACACUGAGCGAAGCGACGAGGAGACGAUGAAGGAGAUCAAAACAUGCAUCUCUCGUGAUAAGUCUGGUCUUCACGGUUUUCUGGUCGUUUUGGAUCUAGAACCGUUUACACAAGAAGAGAAGGAUAUGGUGCAGAUGAUUGACAGCAGCCUCGGCAAAAGUGUUAAAGAUUACAUGAUGCCUCUGUUCGUCCGCGGAAAUGAGUUGAAGGAACGUGGAAAAACCAUACAACAGUUCAUCAGUGACAACACGGAUUUGAAGGAGUUCGCCGACGGCUGUAGAGGGAAGCCCUGCGUCAUCGACCACAGAAACCAGGAUCCGACUCAGGUCGAAAACCUCCUGCAGCAGAUCAGCAACAUGGUUAAGGAUAAUAAAGCAGAGAAGAGAAGCUGCUACACGACCAACAUGAUGCAGAGGGCUGAGAGUAUCGCUGAGAACAAGAAGAAGAUGGCGCUGUCGGCGAAUAGUGGUGCAUUGGUUGGAGCCACCAUCGGAGGAGCUGCGUCAUACUCUGUCAGCAGCUGGAUCGGAAUCGCAGCAGGAAUUCUGGCCGGAGCUUUUGUCGGAGGAUUGAUGGGAAUCGCAGGGAUCGUGGCGUACAUCAGGGCAAAGAGACACUGACAGACACUGAAGAUGCAACAGUUUGACGAGAUCAGCAGGAGGUUCAACUGCAGAGGAAUCACAAAAUCAACAAACAAACCAAAAGAGACCACAAAGAUUUGCAAGCUGUUGACGAGAACACACAAAACGACCACAAAGAGACACAAAAUGACCACAAAGAGACAUAAAACAACCAGAAAGAGACAAACAAAACAAUCACAAAGAAACACAAAACGACAACAAGGAGACACAAAACAACCAAAGGACACAAAAAAAACCCCAACCACAAACAGACAAAAAAUAACCACAAAUAGACUAAAAACGACCACAAAGAGACAAAAAACAACCACAAGGAGACACAAAAUAAUCACGAAGAGACACAAAAUCACCAUAAAAACAAACAAAACAACCACAAAGAGACAAACACAAAUACACUGUGGAUUCUAGAUUAUUUAGUGUGAUUAUUUUUGGGAUUCUUGAUUUUUACAGGUGUUUUAAUGCUUUCUGUUCUGUCAGCAUCACUGUUUUUACUUCAGGAGGUUGUAAUCACAAUACUUCUGCUUGUUUUCAUUUGUCAAGAAAAGAAUAAAAUUACUUCAGUGAUUAGUGAAAAGAUAAAACACUGUGUCGGUCUGAGAAAAGAGAAUAUCAGAAAAAAUGAAAAGAAAUUAAAGCACCAUCUGAUUUUUGUUUCAGCUUUAUAACAUCAGUAUUCAGUAAUCUUUGGCAAAAGGAAAUAAAACUCCUUAAAAAUUCAAA